AAACCAAAUCAAAACAGAUAACCAAAAGAAAAGAAAAUGGAAAAAUCAAACGUUUUCCUCCUCUCCAUACUUCUCAUGGCUUCACUCUUCUCCAUAUCCCACGCCUUUCAACUCUGGGGCUACGCAAUCGACCGAGUCAGCAUUCGUGGUGUCGUGUAUUGUAGCCUUGACGGAGAUCCAAGCGCACCACCUGUCUCCAAUGCCACAGUCUAUAUUGAAUGUCCAGGCGGCUCAAACUCAACCCUCGCUCAAGCAGUGACCAAUCAGGUUGGUGUAUUUACCCUUGUGUUCAACCCCGGCAAUACGACUUUUGUUAAUCCAAAUAAGUGCGACAUCAAAGUAAAUCUUCCAACUAACUCAUGCUUUAUCUAUCCACCGGGUGGCGUUCUCAUAGCCUCAGUUAAUGAGCUGCUUAGCAUCAUCCUCCAGAAUCUUUUGAUUAUCGCUACCUAUGCCACUACACCAUUUCUCAGCCUUGGUUAAUGUUUAUCGCUAACUAUGCCAUCGGUGCUUCUCGACAAUGAUGUAUGAUGCGAUCGUCUCUGCCUUAAAGUGUGUGCGCCUUAUAUGUAUACUGUGAUUUUAAUGUAUGGUCGUCUACUAUUAUAUAUAUAGGGAGAAAUAAGUGAGGCAUAUAUAUGCUCCACAAAAGCUUAUAUAUAAGCAGCUCCGUCUUUGUCAUCUUUAUGUACUUAACUAAAAGGAUACUACAUAAUAGUAAUAAGUGGGUAUGUAUUUUAUCAUCAAUAAUUCUCUUAAAUACUAGUUAUUACUGUCUUUAUAUAUAUAUACACUAAUGGAUUUUGAAAAACGUUAG